AUGACAACCUGCAUAAAUGUACCAACACCGAAGCUUUCUUCAGAAUCAGUAGAGAAGCUUGUGUUAGUUCACCAGAUGUCCUCAGACACUGGUAACUCUUCGGAGAUGAAUACAACAGAUUGGAACAGGUUAAAGAAUAUUUUAACUAACCGUUAA